GGCCCCGCAGCACCGGGUCGGCUGGGCACCGCUUCCGCUCAGCUGCAGAGCUACUGCCUCGUGGGCCCACCAGGGUAGGCUUCCCAGGGGCUUUGUCUAACGGGGCUGGGCCAGGGCAGAAUGGGGGUUCUGGUGGUGCUGUUGGGGGUGCUUAGCGUGCUGGGGGUGGCUCUGGGGGGCUUCCCUGCCCUCCACUUGCACAGCACCUCCUGCCACUUGGCCAGGCCCAUCGCCGGCAGCCCUUUGGGGUCCCUUAGCUUCCUGGGCAAGGAUGCCCAGGGACUAGCCCUGUUCCAUGCCCGCUGGGAUGGACACGGGAAACUGCAGGUGUGCAGCCGGCAGGAUGAGCCAGAGCUCACUGCAGCCUUCGGUACCCUCUGCGCUGAUGAGAUCACCCGGGGCUCCUUCACCCACACCCCUGGACCUGGGCUGCAGAGAGCCCUGGCCACCCUUCAGAGUCAGUGGGAGGCGUGCAGAGGGCCUGCUGAGAGUCCAGCGGGGACCAGGGAGAAGCGAGCAGCAGGGCGGAGUGCAGCCCCUGGCACAGGACACCAGCGGGUGAAGAGAGGCUGGACCCUGUCUGGCACACUGUGGUGUGGAGUCGGGGACUCUGCCGGGAACUCCUCAGAGCUGGGGCUCUUCCAGGGCCCUGAUCUCUGCUGCCAGGAGCAUGACCGCUGCCCACAGACCGUCUCACCCUUCCAGUACAACUAUGGCAUCCGAAACUACCGACUCCACACCAUCUCUCACUGCAACUGUGAUGCCAGGUUCCAUCAGUGCCUGCAGAACCAGCGGGACUCCAUCUCUGACAUCGUGGGCAUGGCCUUCUUCAACGUGCUGGCGAUCCCCUGCUUCGUGCUGGAGGAGCAGGAGGGCUGUGUGGAGUGGUACUGGUGGGGCGGGUGUAGAGCACAUGGCUCUGUACCCCUCGCCCGUCUCCAGCCCAGGACCCUCUACAAUGCCUCCUGGAGCUCCCCAGCCACGCCCCCAAUUCCCAGUCCCCAGAACUCAGCCCCCAGCAAGCCUCGGCAGAUGCUGCACCCUCAGAAGCGGCCAGCACAGCAGAAAGAGUCCAAGCACCCCAGCCAAGCCAAUGCCACAGCCCUCCAGGACCCUGUGGCCUCCCCUGGGCCUGAUAUGGCCCCCAUAGUCCAGCUGGAGGUCACUGAUCCAGGCCUUCAGGGGCCACAAGGUGACCCAAAACCUCAGGGUGCCCGCCAGGCCUGCCGCAGCUUCCGCUACCUGGACCAGUGUGAGCACCGGAUCGGGCCCCAGGAGACCAAGUUCCAGCUGUUCAACAAUGCCCGUGAACCCCUCUUCCACUGCAACUGCACCCGCCGUCUAGCACGCUUCCUGAGGCUCCACGGCCCACCUGUGGGUGCCAACACGCUUUGGGAGCUGUUGGGCAUGACCUGCUUCAAACUGGCCCCUCCACUGGACUGUGCUGAGGGCAAAGGCUGUUCCAGAGACCCCAGGGCCAUCAAGGUGUCAGCUCAGCACCUGCAGCAACUUCAGCAGAAGCGGCUCCAGCUCCAGGGGACAGGCACAGACAACAGGCAGGCAUGGCCUACAGAGCACCCAAAGGCUCCCAUGUCACUCUAUGACCAGUGCCUGCAGCUGACCAAGGGAGCCAGAGGACCCAAAGGACAGCAGAAAUCCUGGAAUCAGUGACCCCAGUUCCAGCGCUCGUAGGCACCAGACUGGACCUUGUCCCUGGCUUUGCUAGCCCCUGGAGGUCUCAGCUUCCCCGCCAUGUGUUAGACCGAAGCACGGACAGGCUCUCGUGGACAGCCAGAAGGCUGCAUGGGUAGCUGGGGGGGGCCAAGGCCCAAAUGCUGGACCAUGUCUCCUGCUGUGCUGGGUGAUCUUGGGCUGGUGAUACAACCCGUCUGUGCUUGGAUGUGGGAUUCAGGAGGCUCAUCUGCUGCCCCGGGCUUGGGCCUUCCCAGGGAACUUCACGUCCAGAUGGGAAAUGGGGAGAGGGUAACACUGCAGCAUCCCCAGGAGGUACCAGGAGGAGGUACACAAAGGUCCAUGUUGCAAAAUUAACGCAUGUCUCAAGGACUUGCCCAGGGAAGCCCCAGUGCCUGCCUGCUGAGGUCUGGAGCAGCAGGUGGGGAAAGAGGGAUGUCACAGGAGUACCGGUGUCUGAAUCCAGGGUGGCGGGAACGAGAGCGGGGCUUCCCAACUCCUCUCCUCCCCCGAGGACCCCUUCUCUUCACAGCUGCUAUGCUAUUCCUGGCCCAUUCUUUCUGCUCUAAACCUAAAUCCAGACCUCCUCCCUGCCCUUGAGGAAAAGAACUUCACUCUGAGCCUUAGUUUCCUCCUCUGAAAAAGGGAAGUGUAAACAGGACCUACCUCAUAGAGUUGUUGAGGAUUAAGUGAACCAACACCCAGACAGCCCUCAGCACCUAGUAAACGUUCCCUCCCUCCAACACACAGCCAAACUGCACUUAGGUGGCUGAUUUUCAAAGGUUCACAUAAGCUCUUGGAGGCCUCAGUUUGCUCAUCUGUGAAAUGGGGCUAAGAACUGCACUGAACUCAACACCACAACUCAGGCUUGUGGUGCACAUUAAAGGAGAUGGCAUGUGUAAUGCAUACAGCUGGCGCCUGGUAAUUGUCAGAUCUGUCAUCCUCUCAUCUCUUUAGUCCCUUCCUCUGACUCCCCCAACCUCAGACUGCUAACAAGUUAGGAAGGAGUCAGGAGUGAGGCU